GGCGCGGAAGGCGGCAAGCGCGACGUCCGCGGCGGUGGCACCUGCUCGACCGCGGCUGGCUGGAUCAGAAGGCGGGGAAGCGGGGCUGGCGCCGUCUUGGUUAGGGGCACCGAGUAGAAGUUCCGACCCUAGGUUGCCUUCCCUUGUUGCAGGUGGAAGAGGAAGAAGAGGAGGAGGAGGAGGAGGAGGAAGGGGGAGAAAGGUGGGGCACCUGGCCCCAUCCCACAGGGCACGGUGAAGGAAGCAACAAUUCUAUAGACAUCUAUCAGGAAUUUUAAAGAAAUUAGGCUCUCAAAAUGGAUAUUUUUGGAGACCUCCGGCGAAUGAACAAACGCCAGCUCUAUUACCAAGUUUUAAAUUUUGCCAUGAUCGUGUCUUCGGCCCUAAUGAUAUGGAAAGGCCUUAUUGUUAUCACCGGGAGCGAGAGUCCAAUUGUAGUUGUGCUCAGUGGUAGUAUGGAACCAGCUUUCCACAGAGGAGACCUCUUGUUCUUGACAAAUUUCCGAGAUGACCCCAUCAGGGCCGGAGAAAUAGUGGUUUUCAAAGUCGAAGGAAGAGAUAUCCCAAUCGUGCACAGAGUGAUCAAAGUUCACGAAAAGGAAAAUGGCAACAUCAAAUUUUUGACCAAGGGUGAUAAUAAUGAAGUCGAUGAUAGAGGUUUGUACAAAGAAGGACAGAACUGGCUAGAAAAGAAGGAUGUCGUAGGCAGAGCACGAGGUAUGCCCUCUUAGCUGUCAUGGGGGCAUAUGUACUUCUGAAACGGGAAUCAUAAAAGAAUCUGGAAUUGCCUCGGACAACUCGUCAGCAUAAUUAUAUGAAGAGAUACUAAUAUAUUUGAAACGUCCCCUUGUCUGCAGAUAAUUUUAUGUGACAUGUGCAAACCAUAUUUUAUUUUGUUUUGUUCCUCUUCAUGUUACAAUCUUAACUGUGGGCAGCCCAGUUGCCUUCAUUGAGUCACGUAAUUUUUUUAUUAUGUCCAUCUUCCCCAACCCGGUUCAACUCCCCAAAUUUUCAGCCAAAAAUGUCUCGUGGACAUCUUGGGUGGAGAUUACAUAAAUUACAUAAAGGCAAGAUUCUCCUGGCUGGUUUGUUAGCAAAUAAUUGUUUUAAUUUCUACUAUGUGUUCACUUUUUGUCAUUGGUGACAAAAAUGGAUCUGCUUAUUUUGAAAAUAGUUUGGAGAAUAGUUUCAUAGCUGUGAAUCUUGACUACACUGAGAAUUUUAGAUUUUAUUACACUCUUCCAUGCAAGGAACCUCUUGAUCCAAUUUGUACCCACCUUCAAAUUUUCCCAUCUCCCACCCACCCCACUUGGGCAGCAGUUCAAACAGUUACUGAUGAUUUGUUAAAAAUUCCCUUCUUGCAAAUGAUUUCACAAAAACAGACAAAUGCUUCUAACAAAGAAUUGAAAACUGUAGUUUGGAUUAAAGUUGUAAGAUGCACCUUUCUGUAAGAGUGGUGUUCUUCUAGUUGCAUUGCUUCACCAAACCAGCUUGAAAGUCAAGACCCACAAUGACAUCUUCUGAGUUUAGUGCCUUGCACUUAUAUAGGUAGUCCUUGCUUAACAAAACUAAUUGGGACUGGCAACUUUGCCACUAAGUAACACAGUUGUAAAGCAUGGCAUUACAUGACUAUGCCAACUUAACCAAUGGCAGUUGUGCCAUUUGUUAAGCAAAUCUCUCACAGUCCUCAAGCAAUGACAUCACAUGAUCGCCAUUUUCAACUACCUACUGGCUUCCCCAUUGACUUUGUCAGAAGCCAGCCAUGAAGGUUGCAAAUGGCAAUCAAGUGGCUGUGAGAUGCUGCAAUAUAACUGGGAGAAGUUUGUCAAGUCCCUAAAAUAUGAUCAUGUGACCAUGGGAAUACUGUUACAGUUGGAACUUUGAGGACUGGUCUUAAGUCUCCUCGUUCAGCAUCGCUGUAACUUACAAUACAAUACGAUACAAUAGCAGAGUUGGAAGGGACCUUGGAGGUUUUCUAGUCCAACCCCCUGCCUAG